ACAGGGUGGCGCAUCGUGUUCGAGCUACAAUUUAUAACGACCUUCAACUUUUCUUCCGUACUUUAUACCUGAAUUCUGGUUCUUAAUCUUUAUUUCUCUUUAUAGUUGUGGUGGUUUUAUUGGGUCGUUAUUUUUAGCAGCUCGCCGUGAUUUUAUUCAACUGAGUGUUCGAACUACCAUUAUUUAACAUUUCCUUGACACUGAAUAAAGUCCUAUCACGUUGCAGUUAGGUGUAUUUGAUAACCGUGGCGGCCGAACUAAAAAGCUGUCUUGCCCACUCGUCUUCCACGUCCCAAACGGACGAUGAAGACAGGGAUGUAAUCAGCAAACUAACCCGGAACCGACCUGUGGACUUCUCUUCCGGCCUCUGUGACAACCUCCAAAGUGAGUUACAAGAAGAUAACUCUGACACCGAAGAGCUCAGUGACUUUGAUUUAAGUUUCACGGGGUCUGGUCUGUCAGAUGUGCCCACUGACACUCCCACUGACACACAGACAGAUGGAAAUGAGGAGACGUCCAGUGGUAACAAGAAAAGAAACAUGUCCCUAUAGACGCUGCAACCAAGGAGAAGAUCAGACAAGAGCUGACAGGGCCGAGCAAGUUUGAUGAUCCAGCUAUGAAGAAGAUCAUGGAGAAGAGAGCUAUGAGAUACAGUGUAGCGGUCACUAGCGGUCAUGGUGGUCGUCAUUUGGUGGAACUGGGAACUUCUGUUCAGGCUACUGUCGCAAGAAAUCUUUCAAAUGACGUAUUUACGAAGAGCAAGGACAAGAAUUCGGAUGAUUACCUUCAGAUGUUGAGGGAACGGAAGAAAUCUCGGGUUCAGCUCACCAAGGCCCACACAAUCGCUGAGAAAAGUAGUUCUGAUGGACAGAUCGAAAUCGAAAUAACAGACACAGAGAUGAGCCUUAAAAAACAAACUCCAGCAAGGAGAUCAUCUCCAGGAUCCAAAAACUUAGUGUCUCCAAGAGACAUGGUUUCUCCACCAAAACUCAAUCGAUCAAUGCCCAUGUACUCAUUUGAUGAGUUACUAUCAGAAGAAGAGAAAGAAGAGAGUGACGUGAUCUCCAAGAUGUUAGGAAGGACUGCUCUACUGACAGCUCCUUCAAGGAGUAGAAAAGUCAGUUUACAAGAGGAACUCUGUGGCAGGACUCCUCAGGCUCACAGAUCAAUGAGAACCUCGGUUGCCGGGGAUAUAGUGAAAUCUGCUGACUCCUCGCCCGUCAACAAAGAACCGAUCAGCGCCGGUAAUCACGGAGGAAUGGAUAACAUACCUGGACUGAUCAUUCCUGAUAAGUGGAAACAAGGGUUCGACCCUAAAAAGCAGGUAGCCUCAGACACCAGUAUCUCCUUGAGCUCGGACACAGAUUUAUCAGACCAGAGCGAUGCUGAGUUCGACUCCAGAAUAAACCUGAACAUCGAGCCACGACCAUCUGAGGAUGGUGCCCUCAAACUCAAAACUCCUCCAGUUCAUGAGCCCCGACCCUGUGAGGAUGAUACUCUCAUAGACACCAUGGCAACCAGCCUAUCUUUACAGGAAUCCAGUCCUAAACCUAACCCUGCAUUCCUUGGAUACGAGUUGUCAGCCAAGAGCAAGACUUUAUCAAACAGCGAGAGUGACAAGGACGAGAGUACAGACGAGGAGACAGGGAAGAUAAAACCAUUGCGCGUGAAGAGGAGAAAGAGCAGUUCGGAGAGGAGACGAUCUCAACCUGAACUCGAUCUUAUAACCCCUGGAGAAGAUUCGGAGGACGACUUACUGGGUGGUCAACCCAAACCAGCUUUUAAAAGUCAACCUAAAACAAGCCUUAGUCCAACAAGCCAGGUUUCUAAACAUCUGCUGGAAGGUUGUGGUGUGACAGACAUUGGUUCUGAUGUAACUGCUCAGCUAGAUAAUUCUCUGGAAGCGUUUCUGGAGUCGGAGACUGAACACAUCCUGAUUGAGAUUGAUCAACACGAACCUGUAUUUACGCCUCAACAAUUAUCACCUGAAAUAGAAUCCGAGCCAGCACCAGAAUUACAGUCAUCAAAACAAAAUAAUCCUGGUAGCGAGAAAGAAGAAACGGGCAAUAUUGAGAUGAGAGAAGAGGACGAAGAAGAGGGUAUGAGACCGAUAGAGACCGAUACUGAAAAGGUUAUGAUACCGAUAAAGACCGAUAUUGGAGAGGGUAUGAGACCGAUAAAGACCGAUACCGAAGAGGUUAUGAGACCGAUAAAGACCGAUACUGAAAAGGUUAUGAUACCGAUAAAGACCGAUAUUGAAGAGGUUAUGAGACCGAUAAAGACCGAUACUGAAGAGGUUAUGAGACCGAUAAAGACCGAUACUGAAGAGGUUAUGAGACCGAUAAAGACCGAUACUGAAGAGGUUAUGAGACCGAUAAAGACCGAUACUGAAGAGGUUAUGAGACAGAUAAAGACCGAUAUUGAAGAGGUUAUGAGACCGAUAAAGACCGAUACUGAAGAGGUUAUGAUACCGAUAAAGACCGAUACUGAAGAGGUUAUGAUACCGAUAAAGACCGAUACUGAAGAGGUUAUGAGACCGAUAAAGACCGAUACUGAAGAGGUUAUGAUACCGAUAAAGACCGAUAUUGAAGAGGUUAUGAGACCGAUAAAGACCGAUACUGAAGAGGUUAUGAAACCGAUAAAGACCGAUAUUGAAGAGGUUAUGAGACCGAUAAAGACCGAUACUGAAGAGGUUAUGAGACCGAUAAAGACCGAUACUGAAGAGGUUAUGAGACCGAUAAAGACCGAUACUGAAGAGGUUAUGAGACCGAUAAAGACCGAUACUGAAGAGGUUAUGAGACCGAUAAAGACCGAUAUAAGGGAAGUUCCAAGCAGCCUUGUCUUGUCCACAAGUUAUUAUUCAGUAGAGGGUGAAUCUUCCUCGGGCGGAGAAAGUAAAGGAUAUGAGGUUUCCUCCCUUCAAGAAUCAAAUGCAACCGGCGUGGUAGAAGUUUCCAGCGACGGUAAGAUCUUGAAAAGACAGAGCUCCCCAUUCAAGUAUAGUGAGCAGGUCCCUUUCUUCUCGACCCCUAAUAAGGAUCUAUCUGAAGAAGGUCUGAAGACAGAAAUCAGGGGCCUCCAAGAGGAAAUGGCUAAAUCUGAUUUGAUAAUCGCAGAGCUUAACAUCACUAUUGAGGAUUUGCGAGAGUAUAACACAAAGCUGCAGAACGACAUCCACUACAAUGAUGUCACUCAGCAGCAACGCUCUCAAGAAGCCACCGCUGAGAAGCUUGAUUUCGAGCAGUCGGAUGAGUGGUUAAACCUGGAGAUUGAGGUUGCGAGGUUGCAGAAGGAGGUUACAGAGAGGGAGGGUAUCAUCAGGACGCAGAAAGAAGCACUGGACAAGACCCUGUCUAAAGGAGGGUCACCUCGACAAGUGUCCCUGGCUGGUGCUGCUAGACAGGCUCUAGAUAUAAACGUGUCGGAAAUGGCUCGGAAGUACAACGAAGCGCUGAUCCUUUGCAAAAAUACUCCCUCAAAUGAUCCUACAGCAGAUCUAGAUAGUCGUGAUUUGUACGAGGAACGACUCCAAGAACUUGAAAGGAAGAACUAUCAAUUCAUCGAGGAACUCGGUGUAAGGCACACUGAUGAGAUGGAGAGAUUGAGAUACGAUUACGAGGUGUUGUUAGAGCUGGCUGUUAAGGAAAAGGAGAACGAGAUGAGGAACACUAUUAUUGAGAAUGAGGAGCUGGAGGACCUUGCUGCUCAGGUGGAGGAUUUGACUCAGAGCCUUCAAAUCAAAGAAAAGGAGAUUAAGAGACAACAAGAUACUAUCAGCUGUUUGAUGGAGGAGAUUAAGUUACUCAAAGAUAAGAAAGUAUCAGUGAUGAUGCCACUCCCACAAAUAGUAAUAGAAGACCCAGAAGGAGAUGUGCAAUGUGAUGAGUGCUGUAAUAAAUCUGGAGAACUUAAAAGAUUAACAGAAGACUUAGAGAAGGUAAAGUCAGAGUUUAAAGAGUACUACUCAACCUCCUCAAAAGGAUUCGUAGAUGCAGACUGUACCAUCAAAGAUAUGAGGACGGUCAAUAGAGACGUCAAAAACGACCUCAACUCGAUGAAAUGUGAAUUGGCAAAUUUCUCUGCCGAAAUCAAAGAUGCAUUCAGUGCACUAGAGUUAGAAAGCACUAAAGCCCCCGUAGAGCCGGCGCCUCUCGUGGACUGUGCUUCUCAAACUGAACCAUCUCCCAAGAUCAGUCGAGUGUUACCCCAACAAACUGAACCGUCCCCCAAAAGUCGAGUGUUGCCCCAACCUAUCAGUAGAGAGUCCAGUUCUAGUGAAACUGCUGAACCUGUAGAUCUAUCCUGUUGUAGAGAGGCUCAAACCUCCACCUCAAACCUCUCCACUGACGGUGAUGGCAAGGGAUUUAAAGAAAAGGAAGCCAAGUACAAGAAGGAUAUCUAUGAUCUAAGGGUUAAGCUUAAAGAGUUGGAGGUAAAAAUGAACCAUAUUAAGAAGAAAACUGACGAAUUUAAGAACGAUGCGAAGAAUGAGACCAUCUCUGAAAAUCUCAGCAAUGAAAAGCUUCUAGACAUAGUGAGAGACAAAGAGAGGGCUCUCCAACAAGCGAGACGACUGCACGGGGCCAAUGUGGCUACCAUGCGGAAACGACAUGAUAAAGCUGUCGGUAACUUACAGGCCACUAUCGAUCAACUGACGGUCACUCUCCAGCAGUUUAUUCCAGGGUACAACACAGUCAGCACAGACCGAGGACCCACAGACCGGAUAUCAGUGACCUGUAGACAGGGCAGAUUUAGCGCCUGUUCUGUGAUAACAGAUAAUUUGAAUCACCGUUAGUACUUUAGUACACUUUAGCGCGGUGUGCUACAGUACUGUUUAGUGACGUUCCACCUUAUCUACAAUUACAAGAGGAGAGGAUUCCAGGACUCCUGGACCAGGAGAAGUCAUGGCUCAGAUAAAAAGAAAGAAACGAACUCCUCAGAAAAAUCUCAAAGAUACCAGAUGUAAAGUGGAAGCAGGGUUAAUUCUCAAAAUGGGGAAUUGAACUGGCAGUGAAAAUAGAUUUUAAGCGAUAAAAGUUUAAAGUUUAUUUUUCCAAAACAACUUCUUGCUUGAAACUUUGUAAAUCAGAUAGUGCCAGUUAUCAUGAAAUUCAUAACUCGCUGAAUUGACUUUAACUUCUUUUUGCAUUCAGACCGUGCUCUUCUUCAAACAUUUAUCAAAUGUUUAGAGCAACUUGGUAAAUUCGAAACUGAUACCUUGUCGAGACUUAUUCAAUGUUUUUAUUAAUUUUUAUUUGAAAAUUCUUAGCUUAAUGGGUGCGUUUGCUGCUUUGACUUUUUUGUUGAUUCAAUUUAUUUCUCUAAACUAAGCACCUUUCGGGGGGAAGAAGAUCGAAUAUUGUACAGAUGAUUUUUGUGCUGGCAUAUGAUAUCAUAAUCAUAUCCGAAGCUAAGAUGAUAAUUUUGUUGAACAGUGCGAACAGAAAUAAGUUUCUCAUUUAAUUUUCAGUAAUUAUUAUCAAUGAAGGGUGUU